ACCCUCUGCUGCUGGUGUGCUGACUUCCCAAACACUCAUCAGCGUGCAGACGCGUGUGCUUUACUUCCAACUGUUGUCUGGAAAUUACCUUACACAAUCACUGCUUUCGGGGCUUAUAUUCUGUGCUCUUUCACUUUUUUACAGUUACUGCGCACCUUUGCUUGUCUUACACUAUUUCUGGCGCUUUUUUGCAAGCCAAUUGAUUCAACUUUUGGAGGGCUUUUUGAAAGCACGGAAUUUGGGAAGAGCCCAUUUGCCUUCGUGUUUGAAUUCUAAAUUCAGGAGUGGUGGGCCAUUGUAACAGGUAUUGGGAAAAGAUCAGUGUUUCUUUUCUCAAUUACCUCUUUCACUGAACCACUUCUUAAAUUGGGUUGUAAAUGAGCAAAUGGGACAUUGUUGUUUACCGGAGUUGGAAGCAAUACGUCACCCAUCAAUAGGAUAUAUAUAGGCCUACUUGUCAGCAUUUUUUGCGUGCCAUGACAGAAAAUAAUCUUUCUGCAAUUUGUUGUUCUUCCUGUUCGGAGAUGGAAGAUGUCUUUUCUCGUCUAUUAACCUUAGCUUCCUAUAUAACUCGUCGAGUUAUUGAAUUUUUUGAAGAUCUUGUGAUAAGGGAUGUUAGUAGAUGGUUAGAAGAAUCAGAGAUCAAUUCUUGUGGUCAGCAUUUAACAUCUCCAACCUGCAAUGAUAACAAACUUUCUUCUAUGGAGGAUGCAUCUUCUUCAAGAUGUUGUAACUCUGAUACAACCUUUAGCUUUCACGAACAAGGAGCUUCAGAUGUUGAGGAUCAGUCGUUCCUGUAUUCGCGACUAGAAAUUGUAAAUAGAAAUUACUGUAGGGGUGUCCGCUUCAUUUUUAAAGGGUUGGUGCUCCCUAUAUUAUGUUUUGAAUUUGUUUGGAGAUCAGCAUUGGCAACUUGGAGAUAUUCUUGUUAUCAUAUGAGAUGUAUUCAAGCUCGCACACAGAGUGUUGUAUCUCGAGUUUUGAGAACUUUGCAUGGUUCUUCUGAUGACAUUGGGUGGUUACAAUGUGCUCCUGGAAUGGCCCCUGUGGAGGAUGGUUCAGCUAGAUUCCUGGAGCUGCUACAAGAAAUUAGGAAUGGGCUGCACAAACUCCCUGAUUCAUUUGUUUACCUGCUGAUUCCAGGACUUUUUAGCAACCAUGGCCCCUUGUACUUCGUGAGCACCAAGAGGUUUUUCUCAAAGAUGGGUCUAGCCUGCCAUAUUGCUAAAAUUCACAGUGAGGCAUCAGUUGAACACAAUGCUUGGGAACUAAAGCAAUAUAUAGAGGAGCUAUACUGGGGGUCUGGCAAGCGUGUGAUGUUGCUAGGUCACAGCAAGGGUGGAGUUGAUGCUGCUGCUGCUUUGUCAAUUUAUUCACAGGAGUUGAGAGAUAAAGUUGCAGGAUUGGCACUAGUGCAGAGUCCUUAUGGUGGCACACCUAUAGCAUCUGAUAUUCUUCGUGAAGGCCAGGUCGCUGACAAGGAAACCCGGAGAAUUAUGGAGUUUUUGAUAUGCAAACUGAUCAAGGGUGAUAUAAGGGCGCUGGAGGACCUUACCUACGAGAAACGGAAGGAGUUCAUCCGCAACCACAAACUUCCUGAUAAUAUUCCACUCAUCUCCUUCCAUUCUGAAGCAAGUGUGGCCCCAGGUGUCAUUGCAACAAUGUCGCACAUCGCACACGCAGAACUUCCCUGGCUUCCUCCAUUUUUCAGUGAGGAAGCGGAAGAUGCUGUCCUCGCAGCGCGAAAGGUGCCUGUUAUAUUUCCUGUUUCUGCUGCCAUGGCUCUCUCUGCACUCCACCUGCAACUACGGUAUGGUGAGAAGAGCGAUGGCCUUGUGACAUGUCGCGAUGCUGAAGUUCCAGGUUCCGUUGUCGUCAAGCCUGACAAGAAACUCGACCAUUCCUGGAUGGUAUACUCUUCUUGGAAGAAAGAUCCCACUGAGCCUGAUGCCUGUGAAAUGUGUGAAGCCUUGUUGACCAUGCUCGUCGAACUUGGAGAAAAAAGGUCGAAAUUGGCAUGAAGAAGUGUGGAUGGUUUUUGGUAACGAUGUUGCUGUCGUGCAAAUUGCGAAAGGAACUGCAGUAUGAGUAUGUUGCUUCAUGCUCGGGAAUAUGCAACCGUAGUAUUAUUUUUGUGUUAAAAGUCAAUGUCAUUGAAUCUCAAAGUGAAAAUGAGACCGUCGUCGUCCAAACUAUUGUUAGGUGAUGGAAAUCUCUUGUCCUUAGGUUACUGGUUAUGAUCUUCGUUGCCAUGUAUCAAGACUUGUGUCCAAACUAUUAUUAGGUGAUGGAAAUCUGUUAUCCUUAGGUUA